AUGGCCUGCUUGAGCACUUCCGGUCGCGUCGUGUGCGGCUCGCGUCGCCAGCAGACGCACAAGCUGCUCUAUCAGCUCCUCGGAUCCCGGCCAGGAUACACAGCCCCGUCCGCCGCGACCGGAUUAUUCAGUCCGCCCAAAGUUCAACAGCAGGCCAUGCGACUCUGCCACGGAUUAAGCUUCAGCAUGGGCAAGGAUUACCCCGAUCUGCUGCAAAGUCCCCACCAGUGCAGCCAAUCGCUGCAGUACUCGCAGAGUUCCAAGGCGAAUCUGAGGCAGCACAGCUCGGUCCACACACAACAGCCAGCAGGUCCUGUGAGGGAGUUCCAGAUCGAUCCCUACAUCAUACUCGAUGACGACCUCAAGUACUUCUACGACGAUGUGCGAUAUCUGCUGAAGUCGGGCACAUCCCAGCCAGAGUUGGACACCAUUGCCAGCUAUUACUUCGAUGGCCAGGGCAAGGCUCUGCGACCCAUGGUUACCAUGCUGAUGGCCAAGGCGAUAAACUAUCACCUAAACAACGAGUCACACCAAUUAGUACACAAACAGCGACAGAUCGCCCUCUUUUCGGAGAUGGUGCACUCGGCCAGUCUGGUCCACGACGAUGUCAUCGAUCAGUCGGACUUCCGACGCGGCAAGCCCAGCGUGAACGCUCUGUGGAACCACAAGAAGGUCACAAUGGCUGGUGAUUACAUCUUAUCGAUUGCCUCGAUUAUGAUAGCUCGUCUGCGCAGCGAUGAUGUGACGAUCGUGCUGAGUCAGAUCUUGACCGACUUGGUCCAAGGCGAGUUCAUGCAGCUGGGCUCAAGGGAAACGGAGAACGAGCGCUUCGCCCAUUACCUGACCAAGACAUACAGGAAGACCGCAUCGCUGAUCGCCAAUGCACUGAAGGCGACCGCCGUGAUUGCCCAGGCCGACGACAACGUGGCCGAGGUGGCCUUCCAGUACGGACGCAACAUCGGCUUGGCCUUUCAGCUGGUCGACGACAUGCUGGACUUUGUCUCCUCCACCGAGCAGAUGGGCAAGCCGACGGCGGCGGAUCUGAAGCUGGGUCUGGCCACCGCCCCCGUCCUCUUUGCAUGCGAGAAGUACCCCGAGCUGAAUCCCAUGGUGAUGCGGCGCUUCAGCGAGCCCGGCGACGUGGAGCGCGCCUUCGAGCUGGUGCACAAGUCGCACGGUCUGGAGCAGACCCGCUUCCUGGCCAAGAAGCACUGCAACGAGGCGAUACGGCUGGCCCAGGAGCUCACGGAGUCGCCCUACCAGAAGGGCCUCCAGGUGGUCGCCGACUUAGUCAUCAACCGCAUGAAGUAGAGUCGAGCACCCGAACACCCUAACAUAAACCAUACCCGUAAUGCAAUAAUAAUAAUAAUAAUAACAAUAGUGUUAUGUAGGCCACUUGAUGUGUGGAUCAAGUCCUGUUCAGCCGGCGGGCCAAUUUGUAAACAAGAAUUAUUAUUUAGUUUUUAGGCAUUUGUUGUUGACACUGUAAAUAAUUGCAUAAACAAACCUAAUCAACACACACUAAACGGCAACGAUCGCUGUACAUAACAUAAUUACGAGAUGUUCAAUGAAUUUUUGACAAAUUUUGUAUGCAAUGUUUUUCGACAAGUUUAUUUAUAUGUAUAGAGAGCGAAAUAUGAGCCAAAAGCCAACAACAAUAGGGGAAACGAGAAAAUUGUACAAACACUUCUUCAAAUAAAAGAAUGGAAAUGGGUUGCCAGGCGAGCACCAAAUGAGGAA